AUGGAGCAACUCCGUAAGAUCGUCAUAAAGAGUUGUGGUGUAGAGGAGAUUGAGAUCGGGAGGGUAUCAUACGACACGUUUCUGAUAAAGCCGACACUAAAGAACCUCUCAAGUGUGAUUAUAACUGGCUGCGAUGGCCUUAAGGAUCUGACGUGGCUGUUGUUUGUUCCAAAGCUUGCUCACCUUAAGCUUCAAAGGUUAGAUGAGGUAGAAGAGAUCAUAAGCGAGAAGAGAACGACAGGUGAGCAAAACGCUGGAAGAACAAAGACUCCGUUUGAUAAACUUGAAAGGCUUGAAUUGAGUAACUUACCGAUGUUGAGGAGCAUAUACAGGACUCCUCUGCUCUUCCCUUGUCUAAAGAAGAUUGGUGUUGAAAGGUGUCCAACACUGAGAAAGCUUCCACUCAGUUCUGGAAGUUGUCUUGGUGGUGAUGAACUUGUCAUCAGUUACAGUGAUGAUGAAUGGAUAGAAAGGGUUCAAUGGGAAGAUAAAGCCACUGAAGAACGUUUCUUGCUUUGCUGUGAAAAGGUAUGGAGUUUUCCAUAA